AUGUGUUUCACUGAAGAUAUAAAACCGGAUGUUCCCAACCAAGCUCUUGCGGAAAUCGAGGCUCGUGAAAAAGCUGAAGAACAGCGAGUAGAAGCUGAACGUAGGGAGAAGGAGGCGCGGGAGGUGGUGGAGCGUAUCCAGCGCGAAGCAGAGGAAGAGAGGCAGCGUGCACGAGCACUUCAGGAGGAGGCCGACCGGGCUGCUGCGAAAGCUCGAGAGGAUAUGGAAAGAGUUAGAAUGGAAAUGGCUGAAGCUAACGAGCGUGCGAUGAGGGCGCAGGCGGAAGCGGAAGCUGCUGCUACCACGGCACGAGGAGAAACUGAAAAGCUUGUACAGCAAGCCGCGGCGGAAAGAGAGCGAGCAAGACAGGCUGAGGAGGAGGCGAGGCGGUUGGAGGUUGCUGCCAGAGAAGAAGCUGAGAGGGCCGAGGCAGAGAAAGCCAUGGCGGCAGCGGCAGCAGAGGCCCGGAAGGCAACUGCUGCCAAGGAGGAAGCAGAGCUGCGAUGGAAAAAGGGCAUUCGGCCCGUUGUGACGCCGUCACUGGAAGAGCUCAAAAAAGCAAAAGAGCGUAUUCAGUACCAGGAAGGCUUUUUCCACUUUGCCGUCACAGGUGUCGCCGGGAGCGGGAAAUCGUCCCUCGUCAAUGCCUUUCGUGGAUUGCGGAAUAGGGAUUCUGGGGCCGCUGCUACAGGCGUCACCGAAACGACCCUCGAGAUAGCGAGGUACUCCGAUCCGAAUCACAAUCACCAGCUUCUCUGGUUUGACAUCCCCGGUGCUGGUACACUCAAGGUGCCAGACUGGCAGUACUUUAACGAACAUGGCCUCUAUGUGUUCGACUGCAUCAUCGUCCUCUCCGACACCCGCUUUACCAUGACCGACAUUGCUAUCUUGUCCAAUGCCAGACGGUUUGACAUCCCUGCGUACAUCGUACGAUCUAAAGCGGACCAGAACAUUCGCAAUAUCAUGCGAGACAUGGGGUACGACAGUGACGAGGACGAGGAAGAUAACCCGGGACGUCGCAAUAAGCUCUAUAAGGCGGCGCGCAAGCAGUACAUCGAGAAAACCCGGGAAAGCGUCAAGAUCAACUUGGAGAAUGCCAACCUACCUGAUCAGCGGGUCUACCUCGUAUCUAACGACACAGUGCUAUCUUGCACCACAACACAGAGGCUGCCGAAGAAGGUUAUCGACGAAGUCGAGUUGCUCACAGAUAUCUACACUCAGGUUGUUUCUCGGCGCAGUCUGCCGAGAGAGGAUGACGGUCUUCUGUCCAGUCUUCGGUCUGCGAAAGGGAAACUAACUGACGCGCUCUCAUCCGCAGUUAUUCAUGGCAUGAGAAGCCGUUCGCCACCUGCUGCACCUAACCCCUCUGUUGCCGAGAUCGAGGCCCGGAAUCUUGCUGAAAAAGCUACGCGCGAUGCCCAAGCUGCCAAGGAGCUUGCUGAGAAAAUCCAGAAUGAUGCAUUAGCGGAAAGCCAGCGAAUGCAAGCGCGUUUGGACGCGGUAACUGGGGAGGCUGCUGAGGCUGAAGAAGAUGCACGGAGGAUGAGGGACGCAAUCAUUGCGUCUGAGAGUCGUGCAAGGGCUGCACAGGCGGCAGCUGAAGCUGCGGCAGCAACUCAACAAGAGGCAUUGAAGCAGGCCAAGGAGGAGUUAGAACGAGCGAGACAGACCAUCGAAGAAGCUAGGCGAGCGGAGGCUGCCGCAAGAGCAGAGGCGGAAAGGAGGUGGCAAGCUGCAGAAGAAGGUCGACGAAGAGCGGAAGCUGCCCGAGCCGAUGCUGAUAGGGCUACCAGAGCAGCACAGGCAGAGGUUCAAAAGGCAGCCGCCGCUAAAGAGGAAGCAGAGAAGCGAUGGAAGGCAGGGAUUCAACCCGUGGCUAAAAGGCGGAUUCAGUACAAGGAGGGUGUUUUUCAUUUCGCUGUCGCUGGUGUUGCAGGAAGUGGGAAGUCUUCCCUGAUAAAUGCUUUCCGUGGAUUGCGCAACAAGGACGCUGGUGCCGCUGCUACAGGUGUCAUUGAGACAACUCUUACAACGACGAGAUAUCCCGAUCCCAAUCCCCAACAUCCAUUCGUCUGGUUCGAUAUCCCCGGUGCAGGAACGCUCAAAAUCACUGACUGGCAAUACUUCAAUGCACAAGGCCUCUAUGUCUUCGACUGCAUCAUUGUCCUCUUCGACAACCGAUUCACCAUGACUGAUAUUGCCAUCUUAUCCAAUGCCAGGCGGUUCCAAAUCCCGACGUACAUCAUAUGGGAAUACGACAGCGAAGAGGAUGAUGAGGAUGACCCGGGACGUCGUAAGAGGCUUUAUACGGCUGCCCGCAGGCAGUAUAUCGAGGAGACCCGCAAGAGCGUCAAGACCAACUUGGAGAACGCUGGAUUACCUGACCAGCGGGUCUAUAUCGUAUCUAACGAUAAUUUGUUGGGGAUGCCCAUAUUGCCGUCUCUACAAAUCUCGGUAUCGUGGCUGGUGAAAAUUUCCCCACUGAAGACCUGUGAAAGGGAGACCCUCGAACGCCUGCAGUCCAUCUUGGCGUUUUCUCGCGAUGGCUCCUUCGUGAACGAGAUGAAUUCUUCGGGGCUCAAAGAGUGCCUAAGUUUCCUCAAGAGACGCCACGAUCUCUAUGAAACCUGCAACAAGAGCAUAUCGCACGGAAUCGGAUACGACUUCCACCUCCGGCCCCAGACAUACUUGAAGAGUGGGCUCGUCGCAUCGAGUUCCCUUAUACAAGUCACCAUGAGCAUCCAUGACGGGUUCGGUGAGGGCCUUUCUCAGCCAAAUGCGGUCUUGUCUGUUCAUCCGUUUGCGCUAGGUCCUGUUCUCAUUGGGGGUUUGGUCUCCGCCAUGUUAUAUGGCAUAACAACUCUCCAGGGGCGCUUUAUCCAGAGUACUUAUAUGUAUUACAUGAACUACUCUGAGGAUCCCUCGAUGAUACAGUUAGUCGUAGCUGCCAUAUGCCUUCAAGGCAGCUCAUGCGAAGUCAGGAUUCUCGAUACCCUGCAGGUCUCAUUCAGUGGGUUUCUGAUAACCAAUUACGGCAAUCUGAUGAGUUUGGAGCAUGAUGUCUGGUCAUUCCCAGCAUCGGCUCUGGUGAACUUGUUUGUGAUUAUUGCAGUUCAAUGGUGCCAUCAAAGCUGUGAAGUGGUUGGUGACUGUCCCAAUUAUACUAUUGUUGCUGGCUCAAUUUGGGUUAGGCAUAGGUUCACCAAUAACGGACUCAGCUCUGCUUCGCAAGUUGCGGUAGAUCUGUUUUCAGACAUGUUGGCUGUUCAGCUCACAACCACCUACGUACUAGCCGAGGUUCUGAUUACGGUGUCACUUUGCUUGCUUCUGUACGACAAUGGCUCUCACUCCGCCUUCCCAAGAACGAAACGUCUUCUGAACACGCUCAUCAUCUACGCUGUUAACCGGUGCUUGCUGAGCUUACUAGUUGCCAUUGCAGAGCUCGUCGCGUUCAUUCAGACUGUUGAGAACCAGAAUUCAUGGGCAAUGGGAAUGGAGUUCGUCAUGGGAAAAUCAUCGCUGAACACCCGGCAACACCUUCGGUCCCAGGAUUCAAGUACCGAUUCAGAGCUAUGCAGUGAUGCUGUCCGCUUCGCGAACCUCUCGAAGCUUUCAGAUGGCGUAGAGAGUUCGAAGGUCAGAGAGAGACAUAUAGAGCACUGCGAAGAGAAGGAGAGGCGUGAUACUGGUGAUUUCAUCCUGCAUCCGCCACUCAGUCUUUUCGCCAAAAGAUGGAGCCAUGUCAUGUCAUGGAAGGGCAGGCGUAUAAGGUUGCCCUUGCACUUCGCAGUCUUCUUGCCUCCUAGCGCUACUGAAAGGGCUACUAUAAUCGCCCCGCUCAAGCGCUGA